AUGCCCUCCAGCAACCCGAGGGGCAACUACAGAGCAACCACGCCGCACCUCGUAUCUUCAUUUCUGGGCUCAGACAUGCCCCAAGUCAGGCUCUGGCAGCCUCGUGAGACAAUUGCCAGGAGAGCCAACUGCAAACGGCGCAAGACAGCUGCCGACUUUGUGUUGCUGACUGAGGAGGACCUGUCAGGGGCACGGGCGCUGCGUAACUCGGUUCCUGUCCGUGCCUGUAUUGCUGCAGCAAGUGUGGCCGAGAACGCAGCAUCGAGCCUCCCAGCGAACCAGACGUAG